AUGACUGGAGAACAGUUAGAGUGGCCCGUUAACAAGGUUCGUUCCACCUUCGUCAAGUACUUUGAAGAUAAUGGACACGUAUUUGUCCCUUCUUCCUCCACCAUCCCUCAUGAUGAUCCUACUCUCCUGUUCGCAAAUGCCGGUAUGAACCAAUUCAAACCUAUUUUCUUAGGUACACUCGAUCCCAAUUCACCUUUGGCUAAUGUUAAGCGUGCUUGUAACUCUCAAAAGUGUAUUCGUGCAGGUGGUAAGCAUAAUGAUUUGGAUGAUGUUGGUAAGGACACCUAUCAUCAUACCUUUUUUGAAAUGUUGGGCAACUGGUCUUUCGGUGAUUAUUUCAAGGAAGGUGCUGCCAAGCUUGCUUGGGAGUUUUUGACUAAAGUAAUCAGUCUCCCUGAAGAUCGUCUUUAUGUCACUUAUUUCGGUGGUGAUGAAAAGUUGGGCCUUGCUGCUGAUCUUGAAGCCAAGCAAAUUUGGAUGGAUCUUGGUGUUGAAGAGAAGCGUUUGAUUCCUGGUAACGUCAAGGAUAACUUUUGGGAAAUGGGUGAAACUGGUCCCUGUGGCCCUUGUUCAGAAAUUCACUAUGAUCGUAUUGGUGGUCGCGAUGCCGCUCACUUAGUCAACAUGGACGAUCCCAACGUCCUCGAAAUCUGGAAUCUUGUCUUUAUGCAAUUCAACAGAGAACAAGACGGUACUCUUCGUCCUUUACCCAGUCAACAUAUUGAUACAGGCCUCGGCCUUGAACGUCUUGUUUCUAUUCUUCAAAACAAAUAUUCCAACUACGAUACCGAUUGUUUCCUUCCCUUAUUUGAAAAGAUUCAAGAAUUAACCAAUGCUAGACCUUAUGCUGGUAAAUUAGGCGAUGAGGAUGUUGAUGGUAUUGACACAGCUUAUCGUGUUGUUGCUGAUCAUAUUAGAACCUUGACUUUUGCAAUUUCUGAUGGUGGUGUACCAAGCAAUGAAGGCCGUGGUUAUGUUUUAAGACGUAUUCUUAGACGUGGUGCUAGAUAUGUCCGUAAAUACUUCAACGUUCCUAUUGGUACUUUCUUCUCUUCUCUUGUCGAUACUUUGCUUGUACAAAUGCAUGAGGCUUACCCCGAAUUGGGUAAGAAGGCUGACGAAAUCAAGAGCAUCCUCAACGAAGAAGAAGUUGCUUUCUCCAAGACACUGGAUCGUGGUGAAAAGCUUUUUGAAGGUUAUAAGAACAAGACCAAAGAAUCUGGUUCUGAUGUCAUGUCUGGUGACGAUGUAUGGCGUCUCUACGACACAUACGGUUUCCCCGUCGAUCUUACUCGUAUCAUGGCUGAAGAAAAUGGAUUAAAGGUCAAUGAAGCAGAAUUCGAAGCAGCUCAAGAAGCAGCCAAAGAAAAAUCUCGUAAGACCAAGGGUGGUAACAAUGGUCAAGAUGUUGUUGCUCUUGAUGUUCACGAUUUGGGUGCCUUAGACAAUAACGAUACUGUCCCUAAGACUGAUGAUCACUACAAAUACUUGCCUGGUAACAUCCAAGCUGAAAUCAAGGCUAUUUUCUUUGAACACAAGUUUUUGGAUAAUACCAAUGAUAUUCCUGAAGAACGCAACUUUGGUCUUUUGAUGGACAAGACUAACUUUUAUGCCGAAUCUGGUGGUCAGCAAUAUGAUACAGGUUCUAUUAUUACUUUGGAUGGCAAUACUGAGUUUGUCGUAGAAGAUUGUCAACUCUUUGGUGGAUAUGUCCUGCAUGUUGGCCACCUUAAAUAUGGUCAAUUGAAAAUCAAUGACAAGGUCGAACUCACCUACGAUGAUUUACGCCGUUUCCCCUUGAGAAAUAAUCAUACUGCCACACACAUUCUCAACUAUGCUCUUCGAGAAGUACUUGGCGAGGAUAUUGAUCAAAAGGGUUCACUUGUUGCUCCCGAAAAGUUACGUUUCGAUUUCUCAUUCAAGUCCGCCGUUAAUAUCAAGCAAUUGGCCGAAGUUGAAAAGAUUGCAAACGAAUUUGUCGCUAAAAACCUCAAGGUUUAUUCUAAGGAGGUUCCUUUAUCCAUUGCUAAGGCCAUUCACGGUUUGAGAGCUGUCUUUGGUGAAACCUACCCUGAUCCCGUCCGUGUCGUUUCAAUUGGUUUUGACGUUGAUGAAAUUGAAAAGGAUGUGUCUAAUCCUAAAUGGAAAGAAUCCAGUAUUGAGUUCUGUGGUGGUACUCAUGUUGAUAAGACUGGUGACAUUAAAUAUUUCGUUAUCCUUGAGGAAUCUGGUAUUGCCAAGGGUAUCCGUCGUAUUGUUGCUGUUACGGGUGACGAAGCUGCCGCCGCUCAGCGUGAAGCUGAAGCCGUCGCUAAGAAGAUGGAUGAUUUGAAGAACUUGAAGGAUGCCGAAUUGGAAGCCGAGCUUAAGGUUGUAUCUAAGAUUUUGGAUGCUGCUGUCAUUUCUGCUGUUUCCAAGGCUGCUUUCCGCGAUGAGUUUGCCAAAAUCAAGAAGGCCUUUGAUAGUGCCGAAAAGGCUCGUAAGGCUGAGCAAGUCAAAGAAGCUAGUGAUGCUGUUAAACGUUACUUCGAAGAACAUCCAGAGGCUCAAUAUUGGGUUACUGAACUACCUGUUGGAAAUAACAGUAAGGCUUUAGGUGGUGCUAUCAAUUAUGUCAAAUCCAAUUUGAAGGACAAGGCUCUUUACGUGAUGAGUGCUGACAAGGCCAGCGGUCGUGUUGCUCACAACUGUAUUGUUGGUAAAAAUUGGAUUGAAAAGGGAUUGAAGGCUUCUGAAUGGGCCACUGUUGUUUGUGAGAAGAUUGGUGGUAAGAAGGGCGGUAAGGAUGAUGCUGCUCAAGGUUCUGGUGAUAAAAUUGAAGGGUUGCAAGACGCUUUGAAGGCCGCUGAGGGGUUUGCUAAGUUGAAAAUCAGUGCUUAA